AUGGCUAGCUUUUUCGAUCUCAAGGCUAGAAAGGCUGCGGCCGCUGCGAAUGGUAACGCCGACCAGAAACAAGACAAGCCUACCAAUACCCGAAAUCAACCCUGGGUCGAAAAAUACCGACCAAAGACUCUCAGCGAUGUCACUGCCCAAGAUCAUACCGUCGAUGUCCUCCAAAGGACACUCCAAUCCUCCAACCUCCCUCACAUGCUGUUCUACGGCCCUCCCGGUACAGGAAAAACGUCGACUGUCCUGGCACUGGCGAAGGAGCUUUAUGGUCCCGACAUGAUCAAGUCGAGAGUGCUUGAGCUCAACGCUUCCGAUGAACGUGGUAUCUCCAUCGUCCGAGAAAAGGUCAAGAACUUUGCGCGAAUGCAAUUGACCAACCCACCCCCUGGAUACAAAGACAAAUAUCCCUGCCCUCCGUUCAAGAUCAUCAUCCUCGACGAGGCCGACUCCAUGACCCAAGAUGCCCAGAGCGCACUACGACGAACCAUGGAGACGUACAGCAAGAUCACUCGUUUCUGUCUGAUUUGCAACUACGUCACUCGGAUUAUAGAUCCGCUCGCCAGUCGAUGCAGCAAAUUCCGAUUCAAGAGUCUCGACCAGAGCAAUGCGAAGAAGCGACUCGAAGAGAUUGCGGAGAAGGAAGGUGUGCCCCUCGAAGAUGGUGCGGUUGACGCUCUCAUCAAGUGUAGCGAGGGCGAUCUUCGAAAGGCCAUCACCUUCUUACAAAGUGCUGCUCGACUGGUGGGUGCCAGUGCUUCCGACAAGGACGGAGAGGGUGAUGAAGCAAUGGACGUGGAUAAGAAGGCAGUCACAGUCAAGAUCGUCGAGGACAUCGCUGGUGUUAUUCCGGAUAGUACCAUUGGUGAUCUUGUCAGCGCAAUACGCCCAAAGAGCUCAGGAUCAUCGUACCAGGCUAUUUCUGAUGUUGUCGAGAAGCUUGUUGCAGAUGGUUGGAGUGCAGGACAAGUUGUUGGCCAGCUCUAUCAAGCCUUGACAUAUGAUGAGAUAAUUCCCGACGCACAGAAGAACAAGAUCGUCAUGGUCUUUUCAGAGGUUGAUAAGCGAUUAGUAGACGGAGCUGACGAGCACCUUUCUGUCCUCGACCUCUCAGUGAGAAUAUCAGCUAUCCUGGCGAAGAAAUGA